AUGUUUCAAUUCAGCAAGUACCCCAUGGACAUUUUAGAGAUGCUAAGUGGACACCAAGCCCAUCAGUUCAAAGGGCUCGGGUUGGAACGACAGCUGAGCCACCAACAGCAGGUCCAGCUGCAGCAUCAGCAGCAGCUCCAGCAGCAGCAUCAGCCGAGCGCCGACAGCUCCGGGAGCCUGCUGUCCGGCCUCGGCCUCGGCUCCCUCCAGACCUCUCGGAGUAAUGCCUUCGCCGACUCCUCGUCGUUAUUCGCCAAAAUGAGCGCCCCUCCUCCAUCCAUCUCUCACCAAAGUCAGUCGUCCUCUUCGUCCCACAGCUCCAGGAAGUCCAGUAAGAUGAGCAGCAGUAGCAGCGGGAGUGGGAGCGCCUCGUCGGGGUACCCCCAGUUCCUGCGGCCUUUUCACCCGGCGGAGGCUGCGCUGGCUCAGGAGCAGCUCCACUCUGGGAUGGGACGUUUUGACUUUGGUGGGGGCAGCAGCGGAGGAGGCGCAGGGGUCAUCGGGGGUGUCGUCACACCCGCUCCUCCGCCUCCCCCGCUACAUCCAGGUCUUUCUGUCCCCCAACCCACCUCCGGCCCCUCUUCUUCCACUCCUUCUCCCUCCACCUCCACCUCUGCCUCCAACAACCCCUCCAGCAGCACUGCAGUGCCCUUAGUGGGCCAGUCGGAUCCCCGCAGCCUCCAUCAGCAGUUCAGCUGCAUGCUUGCCGCCAACCAGUACUUCCUGUCCGGAGUCCCCACCAACAGCAGCCUGGAGCAGUUCCUUGUCCAGCAAGGGACCCACAACCACUUAGGCCUGGGCCUCAGCCAAGGGGCCACUGACUCAAACUCAGCCCUGGCCCCUCCCCCUGCCCUCCACUCCUCCCACAGCCACGCAGCUCCACAACCUCAGCAGCAACAACAACAGCUGACUCCUCAUGCCUUAUCUCACCCACACAGCCACACUCACCACCCGCACCCCCUCCACCCGGCCCCCCAGCCCGCCCCUCUUGGCGGCUUUGAUUUCCAAGGCAUUCCAGUCCUUUCCUCCAACCAGAUAGCGUCGUUAAUGCAGCAAGAAGCCGGCCUCCCGCUCCCUCUGCCCCUCCACCUGUCCCUCUCUAAAGACGACGCAAAGUCUGGAGACAGCUCCUCCACGUCAACUUCGAGUGGAGGCAGCAGGAGGAAGAAAGCGAUGGCUGGCUACCUGCCUCAGAGGAAGUCAGAAUCUAGUAGCCACAGUCACAGCAGCCACAGCCAUAGCAGCAGCAGCGUUAGUAACUGCCAUAACAGCAGCUCAAGUGGGCACAGUCAGAGCUCCUCAUCUGGUCUCGUGGGAGGAGGAUCUGGGGGUGUUGGGAUAAGUGGCAUCGGAAGCGAGCCGCAACAUUCCUCUCUCCUCUCACCAUCCUCACAGCAACAGCAGUCGUCCUCCACUGUCUCCUCUUCUUCGUCCGCCCCUCCUUCCUCUAAUUCCACCUCUGUGCUUGUAGCCAACGGUAACCAGCCGUUGUCCAAAUCCCAAGGAAGUCACACUAAUAGUUCAUCCAGUCAGCCUGAACCAGAGCCCCUCUACCACUGUGGUGAGUGUGGUAAAACCUUCACCCACCUCUCCAGCCUUCGACGGCACCUCCGCAGCCACGGCUUGACACCCAACAGCCAAAGCAGGAAGUCAGACUGUAACUCCCCGAGCCCGGAGAGGAUAUUCUGCUGUGGUGAAUGUGGCAAGAAAUUUAAAAAGAGGGGUCAUCUCAUCCAGCAUAGCGUCACCCACUCCGAAAACCGGCCUUUCGCCUGCAACAUCUGCCAAAAGUCCUUCAACCGUCGCGAGUCGCUCACGAGACACGAGAAGAUCCACGACGAGAAGCCUUUCCGAUGUCCAGCUUGCGGACGUUGUUUCCGCGAGAGCACCUCCCUCCUCAACCACGCUGCUUCAGGUGCCUGCGGUAAACCUCCGCGGAGCUCCAAAAACCGCACCAGCACCGGAGGGAGUGGAUCUUCCAACCCAAGCAGCAGUAAAAUGGGUAGCAGCGGAGACAGGGUAGGAAUUUCAAACGAUGGGUUGACUAACGACAAGUACGCCACAGAUUACUCCAGAAACCGCUACCAGAACCAGUCGCCCUACGGCAGCGGAGUCGAAGACUACCGACGAACACAGUCUUCAUCGCUGUACUCUUCAGAAGGUACGCUAGCCUCUGAAAUGAACAGCCAAACUCUACGUAAAGCCCCUUUAGCCCCAACUCUUCACCCCCAUCCGCAGAGUCAACAACCGCAGCACCACCACCAGCAACCGCAGCCGCACCUCCCUCUCUCCUCACUACUGGAUGAUUCAGAGGACGAGGUCACCAGCAGCGCCAUGUCGGCCAUCGCCGCUGCAGCUGCCGCCUCUUGUGAUUUAAAUACUGAGAACCGGGAUGGAGAAAGGAGGGAUAUUAUUGGGGGCCUGCUAGGGGGGUUGGGGUUUGGUAACUUAGGUGGGCCAUCAACCACCUCCAGCCUCAAUGGUUCCACUAUGCCUUUGACCCACCCCAGCCAGCCCCACUCAAAGCCCCGGAGGCCGAGGAAGCCAAGGGAGAAAAGGGACCCGAGCACCAUCGUUAGGAGGAGGCGGAGCCCUGCGCUUCAAGGCGACGGUUCAGAGAGGCCGUACGGAUGUCAAAUCUGUGGCAAACGCUUCAGAAGGGCGGAAACCCUGCGGCGCCACAACCGAGUCCACACGGGGGAGAAACCUCACGCCUGCGACGUCUGUGGCAAAAUGUUCCGCGAACCCUUCCACCUCACCAAGCAUCUGACCGUGCACUCCGGUCAAAAGAACUACAAAUGCAAUCUGUGCGGGAAGAUGUUCGCCUACGCACAGAGCCUGGUGAGACACGGCAAGCUGCACAGGAAAGGGGAGAUCGACAGCCAGGGGAGAAGAGUGAAAGGUGCUGCUGCUGCCGCCGCCGCCGCCGCUGCCGCCAUCAGUCAAGUGGCCAGCACUGGAAACGCUGACUACUUCUCAGCCUGCUCCCAAGGAGAAAAGUCACCCACGUCUGGCACCCCCUCCCAGAGGCUUUACACGUGUACAGUGUGCUGGAAAUCAUUCCGCCACUAUUUCCACCUGACGGCACAUCAGCAGACGGUCCACGGAGGCGGGGUCGGGCUGGAGAAGUCCUUUCGUUGUGAAGUAUGCGGUAAAGCCUUCGCCUACUCCAACAGCUUAGUGCGGCACAAGCUGUCUCAGCACGGGAUCGACCGCAACGGCCAGCGAGUCAACCAUUCCCAACCCACCGGAUUCUCGCCCCUCUUCUAUGACUCUGGUUCAGGUCCCACCUACGCCGGGUCGUCUCACAUGCAGCAAGGGGCGUCCGGGCAGCAGCAGCAGCAACAACCGCCGCAGCAGCAACCGCCGCAGCCGCAGCAGCAGCAACAACAACCGCAACCGCCGCCACAGCAGCAGCAGCAGCACCCUUUUCACUACCGCGCAAAAAACUUCCAAAAGCGGCAUGGACAGACAAGAAAGCACAGGAAAAAAAAAAGGCGAGUAGUGAUCCAUAGUAUCAUGAGAGACGGGAAGCUGGUGGGCGUCCCGCUGAGUAAAGACACUCGCAGGAAGCUGCUGAUUCUGAGGAAGCGGAGGGGCAGACUUCAGGCUCAGCUCAACAAAAAAAAGCUGCUCGCCCAGCUGAAAAUGAAAGGCGGUCUGACAAAAGUAAAGUCGUGGUCCGGAGGUGCUGUGAAAGUAACCGGGAUCACCUCGAUGGAUGUUCAGAUCAAGCGCUUCCCGUGCCCCAUCUGCCCCAGCACCACAUACGCCAAGCAGGGUUUUCUGCUGGUCCACCACGCCAUAAGGCACCCGCCGAGGAACUCAGGCCGCCACGCCCGCCUGCGGUGCCAGGUGUGUGGGAGACGCACCAGCUCGUUACACAAAGCCUUGAAACACAGGGGCCAGCAUCUUAAACAAGCCGCGUUCCAAUGCCGCAGAUGCCGACACCGUUUCUGGAACCCCCAGCUCCUGGACCGCCACAUGGUUUCCUGUCGGGGAAGCGCGACGGGCGGCGGGGGCGCCAUGUGGGGACUGAUGAAGAUUAAAUCUCCGUUGCCGCCGCCGCCGCCGCCGCCGCCUCAGUCCGACGGCGACCGAUCACCAGUCCUGCAGACGGCCCCGGUCCAGCCGGAGAGAUCAACAGUUCUGACUGAGUACAGUCAGUAA